CUCUCUCCCUCUUCCCUGUCUGUCUCAUGACUCUUCCCAUCACUUUCCUCCCGCGUCUUCAAUUAUUAUUCAUACAGCUAACACCUCUUUUAUUAGCUUAACAUUUCAUACCCAGUAUAUCCACGCAAACUUUGAGAACCCUUCCUAAAUUAAGACUAAAACAAGAUGCUGUUGAACAAACUUGUCUUUUGUAUCUUAUUCCUCUCUGUUGCAACUUUUUCAUCAGUGAAAUCUCAAGGUUUCGUCUGUAAAUCCACUACAAUUUCCAAAUGUAAAUCUGUAGCUGGUUAUGUAGCACCAAACGCUACAACUCUUGCAAACAUCACAACUCUUUUCGGAAUAACAGACUUCAAUUCGCUCCUCGGAGCUAACAAUUUACCAAUAGACACACCACAGAGCAAAUCAGUGGCUGCUAAUGAGACUAUUAAAAUCCCCUUCACCUGUUCGUGUAGUAACGGAACAGGAAUCUCUGAUAGAAGUCCGAUGUAUACAGUGAAAGCAGGGGAUGGUUUAGAUCACAUCGCAAGGAAUGUUUUUUCAUUGUUAGUCACACAUCAAGAAAUCGCCGCCGUGAAUAAUAUUAGUGAUCCUAAUAAGAUCGAAGUUGGGCAGUCAUUGCGGAUCCCUCUUCCUUGUAGCUGUGAUGAUGUGGAUGAAAUUCAAGUCGUUCAUUAUGCGCACUUGGUGCCUCCUAAUGGAACUUUAGAGAUGAUUGUCGAUGAGUUUGGAGCCACAGAAGAGAGUUUAUUGAAACUUAAUAACCUUACUGAUGCCAAAGAACUUAAAGCGGAAUCAGUUCUUGAUGUUCCAUUAAGAGCUUGUACGUCUAUGGUCAGCAAUGCUUCUUCGGAUUAUCCCUUGCUUCUCUCCGAUGGGACUUACACUUACACAGCCAACAAUUGUAUCAAGUGCACGUUGACUUAAACAACCAGAAUUGGAACUUAUUCCCGAAACCCGACGUUUAGACGUUGUAUUGUGAAACAUCAUCUCCCGAAGAGGUCAAAGUUGAGAAUUGGCAACAAUGUCCUUCGUCCCAGUGCACGAAUGUAUAUGGUACUCCACUGGGGAAACAAUUUAUUGAAGGAGGGGAACAAGCAUGCCCAAAGUAUUGUGCUUACACUGGAUAUAACAAUCAGUCUCGAAGUAUCUCUACGACCGUUGCAACUGCAUCCGCCUGUACCGGUGAAUAGUGAUUACCACGUUGUUGUUUUUAUUUAUUUAUAUAGAUAUUUAUUCUAGCACUUGCAUUUCCCAAGGUUAUUUCAUCAGGCUUUUCUGAUAUUUUUAAUUUACCAGUAUCACCAUGGAUGCCAUCUGGAUCGUCAAAGAUGAGUUUGCAGCACUGGAAUUUCUCGUGGCUCACGAUGAACCUUGGCUUACUACUUUACAAUGCCCUUAUAUAGAUCUCAUGUUUGAGACAAAAUAAAUAAUCCAAUGGAAAGCAAUGUUGCAGUUCAAUUUUUUACGGUUUUAUAGCUUAUGAUUCGUUAAAUUUAUUGAUUUAUCUAGAUUGGAUAAAAAUAAUAAUCAAAUUUUUAUGCAUUUGUUUUUGAA